AUGAUAAAUGAAAGGAGAUCAUCGAGAGAUGAUUAUACCUUAGAUGAUACUGGUAGCCCAUCUUCACCGUCACACCAUGAGUUAUGGAAGAGAGCACAACAAAAGAAAGGGGGAGAAUACACAUCAAAGGCUACACAAGUUAUUGCUGAGAAAAUUGAUUCUCUAGUUGAAGAAGCUGAAAAGGGUGGCUUUAUUUCGGAUGGACGUAAUGAUAUCUUAACAGCAGCCAUUGGAACAUCUGAGCAUGCCGAUCGUGUUCGUGGUGUUGGAAAACACCAUAAACUAAGCACUUUCUUUGGCAAAUCAUCUUCAUGUCAAUGA